AUGGAGGAGCGGGUUGUGGAGAUUCUGGCUUCUCGCGGAAUGCGGCCUAAGGCGCAGUGGCUUUCUUCUUGCCUGCGCGAGCAGAUCGGAGCGUCACAGUUGCUGGUAGACUCGCGCGCCGAGAAAUGCUUUGCGCAUCUCCUCGCUGCCGAUUUCAAUCUCGUCACCGAUGCUGUGCUUCCUCCAGGGGUCCAGGCGAUGCACAAAGUGGAGCUAGCGGGCCCUUUCGUUCUACAAGUAGAUGAAACGGUGGACAUUUGCUGCGGCCUCAAGGAUCGCUACCAGGAAAGAAAUGCUGGAAUUGGAAGUCGAUGCUUGAAGCUCUCCAUGACCGACGGUGCUCAACGAGUUUUUGGCAUUGAGUAUCGUCCUAUCCCACAGCUCAAAGUCUUACAACCAGCUGGUUUGAAGAUUUGCGUAAGGAAUGUCUGCAUCCGGAGAGGGAUGUUUCUUCUUGUCCCGGAAAUUGUUACUGUUCUAGGAGGUGUUGUCCAAGAGCUUGAAGAGGCUCGACAGAGAGUGGUACAUCAAGUAAACAAACCUCCUCGGGGAAACAGGCACCCGCGUGGUACUACUCCACCAUCGUUGGAAGAGCAACUUACACAAGCUGCCUGGCCCCGAACUCCUGACGUCCAAGAAAACAAUGGCGCUGCAGCCAAUCCUGGAAGUGAGCAGCAACCUUCUUCGACUGUUCGUGAUCAUCCAUAUACAGGAAGGCAAGCACCUGUUUCUAUAGAAGAUUUUUCUCGCGGUUCAUAUUCCUACAGUGAACAAACACCAAGACAGGACGAAACUACGCAUCGGACCUCGUCUGGCACACCUUCCGAGACUUCUAUCGGCCUGGGAACUUCGCGUAUUCGUAUGCUUUCCCUCCAAUCCAAUGAAACCAGGAGUAGAAGACAACUGCGCACCGCAGACAGCCUGGAGUCCCCUCCCUUUACGUAUCUGGCGGUUCUACAGAGGCGGUUUAUGGAGUCCGGUGUAGUUCAAUCAGGCCGAGUUAAGUGUUUCCUUACAGCCGUGAAAGAGUUCCUUUUCAAGGAUCGCAAUGCAUACCGGCUGGCGAUAUACAUCGAAGAUGGAAGCCUUUUAACAGAAGCUUUAGUGAACCACGAGCUGGUUGAGAGGAUGAUCGGACACUCCCCUUUAGAAGUAAGUGCCGCUAUAGCGAGCAACGAACACGCGCGAAUGAAAUCAAAGAUGAGAGAACUUCAAGCUUUUCUCAAGAGAUACCAGGGAUACAUGGACAUAGAAUUUGGGGACAUCGUGAGGGUUGUGGCCGUGAACGAAUGCCUACAUGCAUCUGGAGAUGGAUGGACCCUUCUCGCCCGAGUUGAGGCCCAAAGCUCAAGUAGUAUGGAGAUGGACUUGUUUAAUAUUAAUUAGAAUAUAUUAUUAUUAUAUCACUCUAAUACAUAGUAUUAAUGUC